AUGGCCACCGCGUCGUCCUCCGUGUCGCGCGCGUGGGACUCGAUCCUCGGCUCCGACUCCCUCGACUCCCCGCCCGCCGCCUCCCCCUCCGACUCCCGCUCCCCCUCCGCCAGCGCCCCCUCCGCCGCCUCCGACGCCGCGUCGCUGCUGGAGCGCCUGUGCCCGUGGACUAGCGUGGAGUUCGGCUAUCCUGGGUCUCUUAACUACCGCUCGUUGCUGCUGGACUUUCACGGGCAGUUGGUGUCGCCGUGGCACCACGUGCCGCUGCACGCUAAGAACGGCGCGCUGCACUUCGUGUGCAAGACGCCGCAGGAUUGCUGGGUCAAGUACGAGGCGGCUCCCGACGAGGAUUACACGCCCAUCCGCGUUCACCGCGCUCCCGCUCCCGCCGCCGCCGCUGCUUCCGCGAGCGGUGUUUCGUCUCCGUCGCCGUCGCCGUCACAUCUGCAGCCGCCUUCGCACGUGCAACAGGGCCCGCCGAGCCGCGACGGCGAGGAGUCGAGGCGAGAGGACCUCGGUCUGCCGCGGCAGGAGGGCGUCUUGAAGGAACGCGCCGCGGUGGACUGGACGCGGCUCCGGCCGCAGCACUACGCGGAGAACUCGAUGUUCAACGUGGGGUUCCUUCCACAGACGUACGCGGACCCCGAGCAGCCCGCGGGAGCGGACGCCGCCGGCGGAAUUUUCGGCGGCGGUGGCGGCGUGUGGGAGGGUUUGGUGAACGACGGGCGACCGAUUGAGGCGAUCGAGAUCGGCGGGAAGCGCAUGCGCACGGGGGAGGUCUGCUCCGUGCGCCCGCUCGCGGUGUUCGCGGUCGCGGGGCCGGCGCGCGCAGAGAUGAGCGCGGAGGGGGGAGCGGGUGGGGGAGGAAGCGUGGUAGGCCGAGGGGCAGGUGAGGGGGAAACUGAACGCGACAGCGGAGCGGAGGGACGCGCGGAGGGGCGGCGGACGUUGUCGUGGGUGGUGGUGGUCGUUUCCACGGAGGACGCUUUAGCGAGUGUGAUACAAGAGGGGGCGACGGGGAUACCAUCCGUGCUGUUACCCGUGCUGGAGCAGAUAGUGGAGUGGGUGCGCUUCGCGCCUUGCGUGAAUCACGACGACGACGAGGCGGAGUUUCCGCUGGGCGAGGAGCCGGGCGGAAUGCAAGCGGCCAUGGUGGUGGUGGCGCAGGCGCACUGCGCAUGGCAGCUGCUGGCGGACGACUGCCCGCCGCCGCCCCCCUGGGUCCCCGCGGACCGCGUCCUUUCCGCCUCCGCGCUGCACCAGAUCUGGCAGUCGCGCGGGUACCUCCCCCCCGUUCCGCCGCGCGUUGCGUCCUCCGCCUCCGCCGCCAGAGCCGCAUCCCCCGCGCCGUUCCCCACGUCCUCCUCCGCCCCUCUGGGCCCGGGCCCUCCGCCCUCCCCUUACACCUCCGCCUCCGCCUCCGCCUCCGCCAGCGCAUCCCGCCCCACGCCUCUCCCCCCCAACCUGUCCAUGCCGUCACUGCAUCUCACCGUUUCCUCCUCCUGCUCUUCCCCCUCCGCUUCCCCCCUCCAUACAUCCAAUCCUCCCGCGGACUCCGCCUACGCGCUCCCCCCAGUCUCCCCCUCCUUCCCCUCCCCGCCGCCGUUCUCCGCGUCGUCUCCGUCCGCGUCGCCCCCGCCCGCGCUGCCGCCGUUCGGCGCGAUCCCCAUGCACGCCGCGGGGGGCAUGGGCGCGGGGGAGCUGGGCGCGCCCAUGGACGGCGGAGGCGGAGCAGCCAUUGGGGGGAGCUUCAGGGGAAGUGGGAGGGAGCGGAAGGCGCACAAGGGGGGGGGUGGGAGCAGCAGCAGCAGCAGCGGGAGCAGCUUCAGCAGAGGCGGGCUUGGGAGCAUGAGUGCGAGGAGCAGCAGUAGCAGCAGGCACGGGGGGGGCGGAGGGGCGGGGAGCAGCAGCGGCAGGAAGGCGUACUGGGCAGGGGACUUGCUCAAGGGCAGCAUUCCCGUGAGAGCAGGCUUUGGCAGUGCAAGGAGGGCGCCGUCGGGUUAUGGUCCCCGAGGGGAGGCAGGUUCGGGCGAGGGAGGAGGAGCAGCAGCAGGAGGAGGAGGAGAAGGAGAAGGUGUUUCGUCGGUUCAUCUCCUCUCGGCAUCUCACCGCGGUGGUGCCUUUUCCAGUCCUGAACGGUCCGGAUUUUCUGCAGUGGCAGCGGCUGAUUGGGCUGCUAGAAGCAGUGCUGUCCCUCACGAUUCCUCCUCCUCUGCUGCUGCUGCUGCUUCUGCUUCUGUUGAAGAUACUGGUAUUGCUGGAGGGCCCAAUGUUGGGCCGGUGGAAAGUUCCAGGUCAUCGUCUGUGGCUGUAGCAGCUGCAGCAGCAGCAGGAGCAGGAGCAGCAGCUGCAGCAGCCACAGCUCGAUCCGGCUCUGCCCCUCCUUCCCGCCUGGAGACAUUCUUCAGCCUCCGAGGCUCCUCGUUACAGUCUCAGUCACAGCUGCAGCAGCAGCAGCCGCAGCAGCAGAGCGCGCUGCUGCUGCCACGUGGCGCUCCCUCGUUGGAGAGGCUGUUCGGUCACCGCAAGGGUAAGGGCAGCAGCCACAGCGGCAGAGGGGAACUGGGAGGAGGAGCAACAGAGGCCUAUGCAGACAAUUAUGAAGCUUCAGCAGCAGCAGCAGCAGCAGCAGCAGCAGCAGCAGCAGCAGCAGCAGCAGCAGCAGCAGCAGCAGCAGGCGGGGAGCUGUUUGGGCGCGGACUGUCUCUGAGCAGGGCAGAGAGGGAAGCGAGAGUGGAGCGAGAGGAGCGAGAGGAGACGGGGGAAGACGGUGCUGGGGUGUUCAACCGCCAGUUGAGCCUGGACCAGCUGUACCUGCGGAGGAAGAAGAGAGCAGAGAGGAGGCUCAGGGGCGCAAAUAGCAGCGCCUCAGAUGCGCCUCCCCUCUCGCCUCCUGCUAGCUCGGCUCUGGGGUGGGUUCUUGGGGGAGGGAAGUUCAGCAGCAGUGGUGGUAGCAGUAGUGGUUAUGAGGGUGGGAGGAGGCGAGGCGAAGAGAGUGUGGGGGGCGCGCAGCAUGGUAGUAGCAGCGAUGAUGCGACACUCGUUGCGUUCCGUCUUUCCCCGUCCCUUGUGUCCUCGCACCCUGGUGGUGCGACGGCCAGUGAAUCCAUGGCCUGUUCAGAGGGGUCAGCGGCGCAUGAGACGGCACCAGCCAUGGGUGGUUUAGCUCGUAGCAUCGGCAGUGGCAGCGGCGGCGGCGGCGGCGGCGGUGGCAGCAGCACAGGGCUUCAGGGCAGGUGGUGUGAUUUGAUAGAAGAGUAUGGGGGGUCUGGUGCUAGAAGCAGUGCGAGUCCGACUGAGCCUGCCCGGCCGCCCCUCCCCCGCCCACUCCCUCCAAGAGCCCCUUCGCUCACUAAGCAGGGGCUGGGGGGAAGGCCAGGGGAGAAGGGGGGUGAGGGGGCGGAGAGAGAGGAUAGAGGGGCGGAUGGAGAAGAGGCAGUGGUAGAGGGUGCGGACGAGGGGCAAGAAGAUGGUGGAGACCUGGGGUUGGAUUGCAGUGCAAGCAACGGCAAUGGAGCUGGCAGCAGCAGCAGCUGUGUUGUCAGUUGGGAGGAGCAUGAACGCCAGGCGGAGGAGAGUGGCGUUGCCCCAUCUGCUGCUUCUCCAUCUGCUGCUGCCUCAACCGCUGUGUGUGCUUCCAGUGCAGAAGCAUCGGAGGCAGCAGCAGCAGCAGCAAUGGCGGCAGCAGCAGGGAUGAGGAGUCCGAGCAGGGUGGGGAAGCGGCAGGUGUCGUUCCACUCGGUGGUCAAGGUGAUUGAGUUUGUGCAGGCACGGGAGGGAGAGGACAGCAGCAGUGGCAGCGAGUGA